AUGACAACUACUAUGGCGGACGACUUUGAACUAGUGAAAUUCACAGAGCCUUGUUUUCCCAACAGUUGUUCUCAUCGCGGCAAGAAUGGACUGCAGUUUCGAGCUGGCAUCAACUGGUCUUAUCAACACCCCCAGCGGGAGUCGAACCGUGACUGUGCCGAAUGGGAGCUUGACACGUUAACCACUCGGCCACAUUGCCACGAGUGCGUUUGGUUGACGAAAUCACAUCACAACCUGCGCGCCUGCACAAUUUCGAAGGUAACAGGCGUAUUACAUGAAUUAUGCCACGUACCUGCAGUCGUCAAAUCCACACUCGAUACUGCCUUCGCAGAACAACCGAGGCUGCAUGAAAGCCUUUUGCCGAUAGGUCAAGUAAGCAUAGAACUUGCCAAGACUGCAUCUCGAAGAUGUUUAGCCUAG